AUGCGAGCGGUUAUUCAGCGUGUGGCAAGGGCAUCCGUUAAAGUCGGAGAGGAAGUAGUUAGUUCGAUUGGGCGUGGAGUUUGCGUGUUCGUCGGUAUUUCGAGAGAUGAUAAGGAUGAUGACAUAGAGUACAUAGUUCGGAAAAUUUUGAAUGUGCGUUUGUUUGCGUCCGAAAACAAGCGGUGGGAUAAGUCCGUCAAGGAUGAAGGGCUGGAGAUUCUCUGCGUCAGUCAGUUCACACUCUAUGGUUUCUUGAAGCUCGAUUUCCACAACUCAAUGAAUCCGCAGGAUGCAUCAACAUUCUACAGUUCAUUCAUGGAAAAGUUGCGGACGUCAUAUCUACCCGAAAACGUUAAGGAUGGACGAUUUGCGGCAAUGAUGAACGUUGAGAUUGUUAAUGAUGGCCCUGUUACUAUUAGUAUAGAUAGCAGGAAAAGGGAUUGA